AAUAUACACCCGCUCAUGUAACAGGCGUGAUUCAGCUAGGAUCAGAUCUACUAGCUUCUACCCAUUAAAAGGCUUCUUGACCGAUGGAGCUCACACAUCACAUCCGCGUGGCUCCUCUCACAGUCACACGGAAAAAGCUCGCUAGCUACCCAUGGCGGCGUCUUGUGUUUCGAAGGAAAGGACAGGCGUGCCCGUGGUAGCUCUGAGUCUGGGCAAGCCGAUGCCGCGCGUCGGCUUCGGCACGGCGUCGGCGACUCUGGGCCAGGCCGAGGGCCGCGCCGGCGUGACGGAGGCCGUCCUCAGCGCUCUCAGCGCUGGGUACCGCCACUUCGACACGGCGUCGGCGUACAACUCGGAGGCCGCGGUCGGGGACGCCGUCAUCCACGCCGCCGCCGUCCGCGACGACCUCUACAUCACGACGAAGCUCGCCAUCACCGACGCGCACCCCGGCCGUGUUCUGCCGGCGCUACACAAGUCACUCCGGAAUCUGCAGAUGGAGUACGUGGAUCUUUAUCUCAUUCACUUUCCGGUGAGCAUGCGGCCGCCGGUGGUGGAAGGAGGCCUGGCGGUGGUGAAGGAGGACCUGGUAGAGAUGGACAUGAAGGGGGUGUGGGAGGAGAUGGAGGAGUGCCACAGGCGAGGGCUUGCGAGGGCCAUUGGCGUCAGCAACUUCAGCUGCAAGAAGCUAGAAUACUUGCUAUCCUUUGCUAACAUUCCCCCGGCUGCCAACCAGGUGGAGGUGCACCCACACUGCCGUCAGAACAAGCUAAGGGCAUUUUGCAGGGAGAAAGGAAUCCAGCUUUGUGCAUUCUCACCGCUAGGUGCCAAGGGCACGGCAUGGGCUAACAACUCCGUCAUGGAGUGCCCUGUCCUCAAGCAGAUAGCCCAUGAAAAGGGCAAGACCGUCGCCCAGGUGUGCAUUAGGUGGGUGUUUGAGCAGGGAGAUUGCGUCAUCGUAAAAAGCUUCAACGAGAAGAGGAUGCGAGAGAACCUCGACAUAUUCGGCUGGGAGCUCACGGAAGACGACCGUCGCAAAAUCAGCGGCCUCCCAGAAUCGAGAGGAACCUUCGAUUUCUUCGUCCAUGAGUCCGGGCCUUUCAAAACCGCCGAAGAGUUUUGGGAUGGUGAGAUCGUUGCUGGCCAAUCCACUAACCAAGUUGCUGUCCGUUUGGAUCCGACCAGCUUACAGUAAACUGGAUUUAAAUUAAAUGGAUUUCAUCUUGAUCGGUGACGAUCUUCUCUCAGUCGAGUUCCAUCGAUCUAAUUCUAAUUAAGUUGGAUUUCCAGCAAGAAUAAUAUGGAGAUAAAUAUAUAAUUGCAAGAAUGGUUCUCCCAUGUAUCAACGGCAUCUUCCUUCACUAUUACAUGCGGUUCGCAACUCCUUUGUACAGGCGGAUUGAUAAACCGCCAGUGACUAUAGGCCUGUGGAAAUAAAUGUUUCCACAUGCGGUUAAAUGAGAACCGUCUGUAGGCGGUUCGGUUAUGUGAAUAUACAUGCAAUUUAACCCAAUUUUUAAA